AUGGCCGAAAACCGAGAGCCCCGCGGGACCGUCGAGGCUGAGCUGGACCCGGUGGAGUACACCCUGCGGAAGCGGCUUCCCCACCGUCUGCCCCGGAGGCCCAAUGACAUCUAUGUCAACAUGAAGACUGACUUUAAGGCGCAGCUGGCCCGCUGCCAGAAGCUGUUGGACGGAGGGGCGCGGGGUCAGAACGCAUGCAGUGAGAUCUACAUCCACGGCUUGGGCCUGGCCAUCAACCGGGCCAUCAACAUUGCCUUACAACUGCAGGCGGGCAGCUUCGGGUCCUUGCAAGUGGCUGCCAAUACCUCCACCGUGGAGCUUGUCGAUGAGUUGGAACCGGAGUCGGAUUCACGAGAGCCGCUGACCCGGAUCCGCAACAACUCUGCCAUCCAUAUCCGCGUCUUCAGGGUCACGCCCAAGUAA